AUGACCGGGUCCAGCAAUGCUUUGGUGCUCCACGUCCUGCUCUGCUGCCUGUGCCAAGGUGCUGCAAACAUCAAGUGCUCAGGGCGAGUCUGGGUGGACCCCACGCCAGUAGUGCAGAUGGGCUCCAACAUCUCCAUCAACUGUCUCUCCACCCUCGGCUGCCCCUCAGCCAAGUUUGUCAUCCUCCUCAACUACAACCACACUGAGGGUCCCCUGCACCCCCUCAGCAGCAACUCCGUCCAGCUCCGGCUGCAGGAUUUCCAGCUGCCCUACGGGACCAUCGUCUGCUUCGCCCGCUGCCCCAACAGCGCGCGGGAUCAGCUGGUGUGCGGCACUGAGGUCCGGGCCGGCUACCCUCCAGACCCCCCCAGCAACCUGAGCUGUGCCAUUGCCGAGGGCUCGAAGCACCUGGAGUGCAGGUGGGAUGCGGGGAGGCCACCCCACCUGCUCACCCACCACACCCUCCACCUGCGCAGCACGGGACCGGCACAGGAGAAGGUGUUCCCUGCUGACUCACCAGUGCCCCUGAGUGUGCUGUGCAACAGGAGCCGCUACUCGGUGUGGGUGCAGGCCAGGAAUGCACUGGGCACUGCCCACUCAGCCCCUCAGCUUCUCAGUCUGCAGGACAUUGUAAUCCCCACUGUGCCCCUGGUCACUGGUGCUGAGACAACAGGGACAUCCCCUCCCACCACCACAGUCCACUGGCGCAGUCAGACACAGCUGGAGAACGUGCACUGCGAAGAGCGACACCAAGCCAAGGGCACCCCAGCAUGGCAUGUGGAGGUGUGGGACAGUGCAGCACAGGAUGAGCCCCGCUGGCAGCACAACCUGCAGAGUGACACCCAGUACCUGUUCCAGGUCAGGUGCAGGCUCAGCUUCCCCAACAGCCCCUGGAGUGCCUGGAGCCCCCCCUUUCUCUACACCACCCCCGAGGCAGCCCCCGCCGCGGCUCCCGAUGUCUGGCGGCGCCUGGGCCCGGCUUUCCCCAACGGCAGCCACGAGGUGACGGUCUUGAUCAAGCCGCUGCCUCCUCGGGAUGCCCGCGGGAAGAUCCUGGGCUAUGCCGUGGCUGCCGAGACCCCCGGGGGAAUGCUGGUCCUCUGCAACACCUCCAGCACGGAGUGCAGUAUCCUGGUGCAACCGGGAGCCCGCACCCUCCUCGUCACUGCUCACAACUCCAAGGGGGCUUCCAGCCCCGCCAUCCUCACCCUUGGCCAGGGUGACAGCAGCCAGGAAGAAUUCCCAGCACCAGUGGCUGUGGAGGUCAAGCCCGAGAACCAGAGCAGGGUCUUGGUUCAUUGGCAGUCCCCCCAGCAUAGCAAGAGCCCCCCACUUUGGUUUAUAGUGGAGUGGGUUUCCACCUCCGAUUAUCGCCAGGAGGAGCACUAUUUUUGGAAGAAAGUCCCAACCCAGGAAACACACACAUACAUCCAAGAAGAGGCAGCAGCAGGGUUUCGCCUCAACGUGUCGGUGUAUGCGGUCUACCCCGGCGGAGUCAGCAAACCCAGCUCUGGCAAAGUCCCUCCAGAGGAGCCACUCCUAGACAGCAUAUACAAUGAGAAUCCCCACGAUGAUGACCUCAGAGUUUUCCUGGGACUGGGCAUCGGCAUGGUCAUAUUAUCAGUUGGUUUUGCAAUUCUGAUGUUUAAAAAAUCAGUCAGAAAAAGGAUUAAAGUCACCAUUGUGCAGCUUUUGCCAAAAUGGCUGUUUGAAGAGUUCCCCCAUAUGGAAAACAGCAAUGUGGUAAAGUCCCUCCAGAACAAGAGUGAUUUAAUGAGUGACAGUUUCCAGGAUCCACUCCUGGACACCAGCGACCCCACAGUUACGGAAGUCGAGGAGGUGCCGGUGCACGAGGAGCAUGAGAGUGUGGCCACUCCAAGGAAACCCAGCAUAGAAGUUCCUGAGGAUGGGGAGCACCCAGGGGCUGUGGCUCCUGCCAGCACCACAAUCCUGGAGCACAUCAGUGACUACAAACCCCAGAUAUCCAAUGGGAACACAAUGGGAUAUGUCGCAGCCAACAUUUACCAGACGCAGCCCCCCGCAGUCCUCCCGGAACCAGAGAUGAGCAUCUUUGGAGACUACACGAGCCCUCUUCCCCACCUGUGGGAUGGGGAGGCAGGGGCACCCCAAGUCUGCCUGCUGGAGAAGAUCAACCUCAUCCUAAACACCAGCCAGAGUGGGCAAAGCCAGGUGUUUGUCCCAGCCCAGGGAGGACACGUGUCCCUCCCGGAGAACCAGUGGGGACAGAGACCACCCAGCCAUGACCAAGAGCAAAUGUUGGUCCCCAAGGAGCUGCUUUCCUGCCUCAGAUCCAUGAACAGGGAGUCAGUGGAUAUAAAGACCUACUUUCCACAAAGCACUGGAGGGUUAUUUUGAAAGGAAUUGUAAUUGUGGUUAAAACCCCAUAAGUGGUGACCAAGGCAGGUAUCAGAUAUUUGAAAUCACCACCAGCAGAGCUGGAGCAAAAUUCCCUGUCAGAAAUUUGCCCUCUUGCUCACUACAAGUUCUUGUGGUUGCCUGGAAAACUUGGGCCAGUAACUCACAAUUUUAAACUUACCUCAUAUUGGCACAAGCAAAAAAUCUGUAAAACCUGGAUCCCUGUAGGAACUGAAAUGCCAAGCAGCAAUGCAAAAUGCCAAUGCAAGAUGCAAUGUGUUAUAGUUAUUAUUCAACAUCAUUCUCUCGUUAAAUAUUUGGAGCAUUUUGUCCUUGGAGAUGAUUGUGGUUAUAAUACAUAAAAAA